GUUCACUUCCAAGCACGUCUGCGUGGAACUGAGAGCACUUCAUGCUGCAGUCAGUUCUGAAGAAACAUUUUUAUUUUUUAUUUUUUCCUCACCCAUAACACAGAGUUAAAGACUGGAGGCUUUGCGCAAAGCGCCAGUGCGCCUGGUGACUUGCGUUUACUUUGUCAGUGAAUAUUUCUGUGGAAAUAUUUGGACUGUUUGGUGGCAGGUUCGGCACAAUUAUAAUGUGGGGGAUCCAUAGGACUCGGUACGCAGACUGCAAUGGCUCUGAAGCAAGUAAGGAGGCAGAAAUUGUGGUGAACAUCGGCGGGGUGAAACAGGUGUUGUAUGGGGACGUGUUGAAUCGCUACCCGGAGACUCGACUGUCAGAAAUGGUAGACUGUUCGCUCAAGUCCUCUGAAGAACUAUCUUCACUAUGUGAUGAUUAUGACCCCGACACGGGAGAAUUUUAUUUUGACAGAGACCCUGAAGCAUUUAAAUGCAUCAUUGAGUUGUACUAUUAUGGCGAGAUUCACAUGAAAAAAGGCAUCUGUCCAAUUUGUUUCAUGAAAGAGAUGGAGUUCUGGAAAAUUGACUCGGAUUUUCUAGAUGAAUGUUGUAAAAGCCACCUAAAAGAGGUAGAGGAUGAACUUGCAGAGAUUGCUGAGAAAGUAAGAACUAUCCUUGUGGACCGAGAGGGAGAUCCUUCUGCAGGAGGAUGGCAGCGCUUUCAGAUAUCGCUCUGGAGGCUGAUGGAGAAGCCAGAAUCCUCGCUGCCAGCGCACAUAAUCGCUAUAGUUUCUUUCAUCUUUAUCCUCAUUUCUUCAGUUGUUAUGUGCGUUGGGACCAUCCCCGAUCUGCAGGUUGAAGACUCAGAGGGUAAGCUCACAGAGCACCCAACUCUGGAGGUCAUAGAGACUGUGUGCAUCGGCUGGUUCACUAUUGAAUACAUCCUUCGCCUGAUCUCCUCCCCAAAUAAAAUAAAAUUCGUCCUGGCUUUCAUGAACAUCAUUGACUUCAUGGCGAUCAUGCCCUUCUUCGUGGUGCUGAUUCUGACCUCCUUCGGCGCGGGAGUAAUGGAGCUGGCGAACGUGCAGCAGGCUGUGCAGGCUUUACGCAUAAUGCGCAUUGCGCGCAUUUUCAAGCUGGCUCGCCAUUCCUCUGGACUCCAGACCCUCACAUCUGCCCUGAAGAGUAGCUUUAAAGAGCUUGGACUGCUCCUCAUGUACAUGGGCGUGGGGGUCUUCCUUUUCUCUGCAUUAGGCUACACCAUGGAGCAGAACCACCCUGACACACUGUUCACCAGCAUCCCACAGUCGUUCUGGUGGGCUGUGAUCACCAUGACCACCGUUGGCUAUGGGGAUGUGUACCCCAAGACCACUUUAGGUCGGUGUAAUGCAGCCAUCAGCUUUCUGUGUGGGGUUAUCGCCAUAGCGCUGCCCAUUCACCCCAUCAUCAACAAUUUUGUCUUGUUCUACAACAAGCAACAGGUGCUGGAGACUGCGGCCAAACACGAGAUUGAACUGAUGGCGUUGCGCACCGGCGAAGGCGAGCUGACGGCUUUACCCGGGGCUCAUAAACACAUUUGCGGCGCCGGGGUCUGGGACAGCUCAAUGGACUCCUGUCAAAGCGAUAAAUACAUACCUUUGCUGAAAGAUCCCAGAGGAGAUGCAAGAAUCCGGACCCCAAGCAUGGAAACAAGCUUCGAGAGCACAGCCGAGGCCACUGAAUAUUUUAUCUCAUGAAAAGAGAACACAUCAACAGGAUAACAUCACACGAAUCGUUCAUUGCAUAAGUCACAAAUGUUGGGUAGCGAUACGAUGAUGUUAAGACUGUAAAUAGCCUUGUAGAAAUAAUAACACCGCAAUGAUGCAUUCUUUAAAUGGACAUAUGUGACUUGAUGAGCUGCGCCUUUGCGCAGUGAGUCGUACUGAUUCAACAGCCAGUUCACGGAUCCCCCAGUCUUAUAUAACAACCUUAUACCUGUAUUAUUUCACACGUAUACUGUAGACUGCUCUGUAGCUUAUUUCUCUGUGUAUCACCAUUAUUUAUUCAUCAUUGAUAUUUUUUUAAAGAGAGGCACACAGCUUCUUUAGGGGAAAUCAUGAAACAUCACAACAAAGCUGAUAUAAUUCUACACAUUUCAGCGAAGUCACAGGUUGCUGCUAGAUUUGGCUACAUGAAAUGAAACCAGGAGGGUUUGUCAUUUCUAUCUGUGCCUGUGAUCUGCAUCAGUAAGAUUUCUGUAUCUGACGCUGUGCGACUGUGAGGUAAUAUAUACGCUAUAAGAUAAAGCUCUUCUUGUGCGCAGGAAUAAAGCAGCAGCUCUGUCAUUUGCCAGAAUUCCUUGUUGAGCUCAUGUUGCAAGCAUCGGGGACCUCACAAGCUUCUCUGGCUGCGGGACAUAUUCUUAUAAUGGGUUUAAAUUUUGCAGCAGCUGUCACCUCUCUCUUUAUGUUCAGAGGAAUCAACUUGAGGUUAUGAACAAGAGAAAGAAGCAACAGGCGGUGAGGUUAAACGAAUGGCAAAAGUAGGUUAUUAAUAAAAACCAAAACGAAUGAAAAAUGAACCGAGCUGUCUGGAAAAGCGUGUCAAUGCAUUGCUGUUCUCAUUUUGAUUAAACUUGAAAGCAUGCUG